AUGCAAAGAUUUCUAAGCAGUUUGCAAAUGGAUAACCCUACAUACUGUGAUGUAUUGAUAGAAGUUGUUAAAGAAAUUCUUAAUAGACGUUUUGAGAGUUUUUAUAAAUUAGAGGAGCCAAUAGCAAAAAAUGGCAUAAUAGCAUCUGUGUCUUAUCCCUUUUUCAAAAUGAAAUGGGUGCCAAAAGCCAACAGAGAAUACAUUAAAGAAGUGUUUGUUUCAGAAGUAAGAAAGAUAAAACAAGAACGUGAAAAGAGUUCCCAAGUCCAUCAAACUGACUUUAAUAAAAAGAAGGAGAGAGCAGAAUCGUAUUAUAUGUUUGUUGAGGACUCUGAUUCUUCAGCAGCCAGUGAUUAUGCCAAUACUACAAUAGAUUUGGAAGCACUACAAUAUUUAAAAGAUGAAGACAAUACUUUAGAAUCCUUGAACAAAUUUCCAAAUGUAAAAAAAACUCUUCCUCAAAUAUAA